AUGGCUUCUUCCAAACCCAAACUCCACGGCCGCGCCUUUUACGAAUCCUUGGGCUCCCCUAAGCAGAUCGUGGCGCCCAUGGUCGAUCAAUCCGAAUUUGCCUGGCGUCUUCUCACCCGCUCCUUCCUCCCUCCGGAUCUGCGCCGCUCCAUCCUCUGCUACAGUCCCAUGCUGCAUGCCAAGCUCUUCGCCGACGCGCCCAAGUAUCGCGCUUCUCAUUUUCAGCCGCUGAAAGAUGAUGACUCGCCGCACCUGGAUGGCAAUCCGAAGAUUGAUCGGCCGCUGUUCGUGCAGUUCUGCGCUAACGAUCCAGAGGUGUUGUUGGAGGCGGCGAGGCACGUGCAGGAUCACUGCGACGCCGUGGAUCUGAAUCUGGGCUGUCCGCAAGGAAUAGCUAAGCGCGGACAUUAUGGCGCUUUCUUACAGGAGGAUUGGGGCACGAUCCAUAAGCUUAUACGGACGUUGCAUGAAGGCCUCGAUAUACCCGUGACGGCCAAGAUGCGCAUUCUGGAGACCAAGGAGCGCACGCUGGAGUACGCGAAGAUGAUUCUCGAUGCGGGCGCGAGUGUGAUUACGGUGCAUGGGCGGAGGAGGGAGCAGAAGGGGCAUAAUACCGGUUUGGCGGAUUGGAGCGUACUCCGAUAUUUGAGGCAAAGCCUACCAAAAGACACUGUAAUCUUUGCCAAUGGCAAUAUACUGCAGCGCGAGGAUGUUGCAGCAUGUCUGGAGCAGACGCAGGCAGACGGUGUGAUGAGUGCGGAGGGCAAUUUGUAUGAUCCGAGUAUCUUUGCUGACCCGCCUGCGCCAGGUGAAGAAGGCAGAGAGUACUGGAGGGGUCGAGAUGGGAAGGGUGGUUACAGGGCUGAUGCGGUGUUGAGACGGUAUUUGGAUAUUGUGCAUGAGCAUGUGUUGGGUGAGCGGCUGCCGGAGAGGGCACCGCUGUUUCUUCCGAGCGAUUUAUACGCGUCUGUGAGGGACGUUGCUGCACCGUCUCGACCACCAACCGACGCUGCAGGCCCUGAAGCAGACGAGCAACCACCAGCGAAGCGCAUGCAAGCCCAUUGCUUCCAUCUCCUCCGCCCUCUCGUAGCCGUCCACCAUGAUGUGAGAGACGCGCUAGCCAGGUGUCGAGCGGGCGAUAUCGGCGCAUUCGAGAAUGUGCUCACGCUUACUGAAGAAGCUGUCAAAGUCGGCCUGUUAGCCUACGAGCGAAACCCGACGGAGUUUGAAGAAGUGGAGCCGGAUGGCGGGAAGGAGGGGAAGGAUGUAAAGGUGGCUGGGGUAGAUGUGGAGAGGAGCGAUGCGGCGGUCAGGCGGUGCAAGCGCCCUUAUUGGAUUUGUCAGCCGUAUGUGCGACCGUUGCCUGCGGAGGCGCUGGAGAAGGGGAGUAUGCAGUUGAGUAAGAAGGAGAGGCGGAAGCUGGAGGAGAAGGCUGCUAGAGAUGCUGAGCUGGUGAAGGCGGGGAGAGACGAGCAGGUGGUACAGGCGGAGAAGGAUGCGGAGGUGCCGAGAGAAGGUAUGGUGUGCGGGUAG